AUGGACCACGACGAGAAUCUUGAAGAGGUUCAAAGGAUCCUCAAUUAUCGAUUUCGGAAUAUCACACUCCUAUCCCAUGCACUCACAGCAGCCGGUGCGGACUUGGAUAAUUAUGAGGGUAAUAGAAGACUAGCACCAAUUGGCGUGGAUGUAAUCGGCCUUUGUUUGGAUUAUGAUGCACAUCAGAAAAAGGGCAAACCAAGUGAAACUGCCGUCCUGAAACAACAACUCUGUUGUUAUAAACAUCUAGCAUUGGUUGCUCAACGCACAUCAAUUGAUAAGUGCAUUAAAUAUAAUCCUAGGUCUGGAAAAGGAAGUCCAACCGUUGUUGGAAAAUCCCUUGCAGCGAUAAUAGCAGCGGCAUACUUGGACUCUGGGAAUCAUUCUGAUACCUGGGGCGUUAUGCAUUAUAUAGGGUUUUUCAUUCAAAACCAAGACGGUAUAAACCCUGCAAUGCUGGAAUCAACUGCGGAUUGUCAAACACACCUUCCUAUUAUAAGUCCACUUGUGCCCCAAUGCAAUAUUUCGUCGAAUGAUAUCGAAGCUGGUAGUGAUUUCAUGGCUGUGCCAAGGAGAAGAGCCGCUGAAGGCGCCCCGUGCGAGAUACAGGCGAAUAAAGCAAAGGUUAGUCGGUCUCAGCGCUCCCUCAACGAUCGGUUGGAACCGUUCCUCGCUCGUGAGUCCGAGAGAUGCAGAGCUCUGGGAAUCGCCGUCCCAGAAGAAUCGUACUAUAAACCUGAAAUCCAGAUGGAAGUUGCGAAACUGGUAAAAGAUACUCCAACAGAGCUGCCCAAAAAGCUGUUACUGGGUGUUGCUACCUCACAAUCAGUGGUAAUCUUGAAGAAGGCCAUUGUAGGGUGGCGAACUCAGACUGGUAUUGUCUCCUGGCAACUGUCCAAAUCAGCAUCCAAAGCAGAAGCGUUUCAAAUAAUUGAGAGUAUGAGUCAAGAUAUGAUGUGCUUGGCCCUUCUACGUCGAUAUUAUAUCCUCCGCUUGUUUGAAGAUUGCAGAGGGUGCGACACGCCGUCAUUCACAGGAUUCGUCUCCGUCUCUGGCAGUGGUGUCCUUUCUCGCAAAAGAGGAAACCCCCUGAACAACGCGGAGAACGACCUGACAACAGCAAUGAUGAAGGAGAUAUUCCCUGCUCUUCAGCCCGGAACACAAGAGUACGAUGUCAAGCGUGGUGCCGUAAAUUUAUAUCGAAAGCUUGGCCGGAAAUUUCAUAUGUUAGCAUCAACUUUCGGCAAAGGCAUACUUGCAUUGAUGCCGUAUUAUGACCUACCAGGAGAACCAGAGAUGAGCAUUUCGGACAAUCAGCUUCACUCGCUACGAGAGUCAACGUUUGGGCAAAUCAUUUCCAUUCUCGAACGCUCCCAAGGUGAGGUUAUAUGCCAGUUCAGCGCCGCUGCCGAGAGAAUCGUUGAUGCCUUAAUGGAGCUUCCGGUAGAGUGUUGCCCGGUAUUUGCGUUUGAAGAAAUUGCGGAGAGCCGGAUAUUGGAGUGCCCGAAGAAUUCGUCGGGCCUCCUUUCCCUUCUUGGGCUGAGAUUUCAGGCUCAAAUUGUGACAGAUCCAUAUCCGCGCGCAGACGAAUCGACCUAGCUAAGCAGAUUUGGAGGAUAGUCGAGCUACAAAC